UUGACCAAAAUGGUGUCCUUUUAGGGACAAAUCCAAUAAAUGGGUUUGUCAGAAUUUCUGUGACCAAAAUGGUGAAAACGCACCCGUACCGGAGCGCCUUUAGUAUUCAGUUUUCACGUCUAAAAUUAGACGGUCCAUUAAAAAUAUUUACACUGAAGGUUCUUUGCGAUCCAUGAGCCUUUAGUUGAUACGUCAAAUUUUAAAGAAAGGCUCGCCUAUCGUAAUGUACCUUCAGUGUAAACUUUAAAAAUCAGAGAAUCUGAAAAGUUAAUUUUUUCUGCAGUGAUAUGACAUUAAAUGGCAGGCUUUCUAAUCCUAAAGGCUCAUACCACCGAGCGAGCCUUCCCUUAAAGAGCCUUCAACAUUAUUUUCCCAGUCCUCUAUAUCUGGAGCAGAAUACAUUGUCAUGUACAUAAUUUAAUUCACAAUCUUGAAUGCUCACCAAUCUGAAUUUGGAGAAAAAAGGUCUAAAAAAUGUCAAAUGAACGGCGUGUUAGAGUUGCAUUGUAUUGGGGCGGUGAUAUAAUAUAUGAAUCUGACACAGUUAGAUAUAGUUGUGGUGCUCGUUUUGUUGUUAAACUUCCAUUAAAUGUUGAGUAUGAUUGGUUAGUUAGAAACUUACAUAUUAGAAUGAAAACUAAUCCGAAUGAGUUGAGGCUUGUUAUUUCUGGUAGAUGGCCAUUUUCUACUGUUCAGGGUAAUGCUCGUUAUUCUGAAAUUCCCAUACUUGACAAUGAGUCUUUGCAAGAUUUUGUGGUGGCACCUGAUACGGUGCGUUAUAUGAUGAAUCUUGAUUUGCUAGAGAUGUAUAUUAAAACAGAAGUGUUGGAUGUUGUUGAGCCCUCACACAAUCUAAAUGCUCCCUCUUUGAAUCUUAAUGAGCCACAUCUUGAUCUUUAUGAACCAUCUGCAGAUUUUAUGAGUAGUUUUCCAAAAUUUCAAAGUUUUACAAGCUUCUUGUCACAGGGUACAACACCACAAAUUGAUGUUCCAUCCAAUAGAUAUGGCCAUGGGCGGAAUAACUUUGGUAUAAAUUUUGAUGUCGGUAAUUAUAAUUGUCAUGAUUUUGGAGAUGGUGCAGGAACUAGUAGGUCCCCUCAAGUUUCAGACAUUCCAAGAGUUACCGAAAUACAGGCUAGGGUAGAAGUUGAUUCUCAUGCCGAUGCUCAUUUCGGUGAAGGGGUUGAUGAUUCCGACAGCGAUGUCCCGAAUAAUGCAUAUGAGUCAGACGAGGUGGGUGACUCUGGUGAUGAUAUGAUAAUGAUCAACAUCCAUCCGAUAAUAUACCACAAAACACACUAUUUCACGGGGAGAACAUUCCAUGUCUCUAUGAUCUUCAAGAUCGUCCAGAGGUGUAUGCUUCUACCCGUGAAUCAGAGGGUGUUGGCUUUUAAGUUUGGAUGGAUGAUAAAGAAUCUGAUCUUGAGUCCGGGCAGUUGUUCCCUAGUAAGGAGAGAUUAAAGACUGCUAUAAAACUAUGGAGUUUGCGGGGUAACAGAGAGUUCACCGUAUGGGAAUCAAAAAAAAUAUUAUUGGACUGUUAAGUGUAGGAGGUGGGAAUCAGGAUGUGAUUAGAUGCUCAGAGGUCGAAAAACACCAACAAAUUUAUGGAUUAUCGGAAAAUACUAUGACAGGCAUACUUGU